UGCCAGGAAGCCCUCUGCUCUGGUCCAGCCCUCAGUCCCACUCACUCAGAGCCGGCUCUGCUGAGGAUGGCUGUGGACAACUCCACCAGUGACGCCCAUACCCCCGGGCGGCAGCUGACCGUGGUGGACAUUGCCAUCAUCGCCGUGUAUUUUGCCCUGAACGUGGCCGUGGGCAUAUGGUCCUCCUGCCGGGCCAGCAGGAACACAGUGAGCGGCUACUUCCUGGCCGGCCGGGACAUGACGUGGUGGCCGAUCGGAGCCUCCCUUUUUGCCAGCAGUGAGGGUUCGGGCCUCUUCAUUGGACUGGCAGGCUCGGGAGCGGCUGGAGGCUUGGCGGUGGCUGGCUUCGAGUGGAAUGCUACCUAUGUGCUGCUGGCCCUGGCAUGGGUGUUUGUGCCCAUCUACCUCUCCUCAGAGAUCGUCACCAUGCCUGAAUACAUGCAGAAGCGCUACGGGGGCCAGCGGAUUCGCAUGUACCUGUCUGUCCUGUCGCUGCUGCUGUCCGUCUUCACCAAGAUUUCGAUCGACCUGUAUGCGGGGGCCCUGUUUGUGCACAUCUGCCUGGGCUGGAACUUCUACCUGUCAACGGUCAUCAUGCUCGCCAUCACGGCCCUUUACACCAUCGCAGGGGGCCUGACUGCUGUCAUCUACACAGACGCCCUGCAGACGCUCGUCAUGGUGGCGGGGGCCGUGAUCCUGACGAUCAAAGCUUUCGAGCAGAUUGGCGGGUACGAGCAGCUGGCAGAGGCCUACGCCCGGGCCGUCCCAUCCAGGACCGUCUCCAAUACCACGUGCCACAUGCCCCGGGCAGACGCCAUGCAUAUGUUCCGAGACCCCUACACCGCGGACCUCCCGUGGACGGGGAUGACCUUCGGCCUGACCAUCAUGGCUGCCUGGUACUGGUGCACUGACCAGGUCAUCGUGCAGCGGUCACUGUCCGCCCGGGACCUGAACCACGCCAAGGGGGGCUCCAUCCUGGCCAGCUAUCUCAAGAUGCUGCCCAUGGGCCUGAUGGUCAUGCCGGGCAUGAUCAGCCGCGUGCUGUUCCCAGAUGAUGUGGGCUGUGUGGUGCCGGCCGAGUGCCUGCGGGCCUGCGGGGCUGAGAUCGGCUGCUCCAACAUCGCCUACCCCAAGCUGGUCAUGGAGCUGAUGCCCACAGGUCUGCGGGGGCUGAUGGUCGCUGUGAUGAUGGCUGCACUCAUGUCCUCGCUGACCUCCAUCUUCAACAGCAGCAGCACCCUCUUCACCAUGGACAUCUGGAGGCGGCUGCGGCCCCGUGCGGGCGAGCGGGAGCUGCUGCUGGUGGGACGGCUGGUCAUCGUGGUGCUCGUCGGCGUGAGUGUGGCUUGGAUCCCCGUCCUGCAGGGCUCCAAUGGCGGGCAGCUCUUCAUCUACAUGCAGUCGGUGACCAGCUCCCUGGCCCCACCGGUGACCGCAGUCUUCGUCCUGGGCAUCUUCUGGCGGCGGGCCAAUGAGCAGGGAGCCUUCUGGGGCCUGAUGGCGGGGCUGGCAGUGGGUGCCACGAGGCUGGUGCUGGAGUUCUUGCACCCAGCCCCGCCCUGCGGCCACCCUGACACUCGGCCCCCCAUCCUCCAUGGCGUCCACUACUUGCACUUCGCCGUGGCCCUCUUCCUGCUCAGCGGGGCUGUGGUGGUCGCUGGGAGCCUGCUGACACCACACCCCCAGGACGUCCAGAUCCAGAGCCUGACCUGGUGGACUCUGGCUCAGGACCUGCCCUUGGGAGUGAAAACAGGUGAUGGCCAAGCAUCCCAGAGACACGCCUUCUGGGCUCGUGUCUGCGGUGUCAACGCCAUCCUCCUCAUGUGCGUCAAUAUCUUCUUCUACACCUACUUCGCCUGACGCUGCCCCCAGAGUACCCCUUUCCCCGUCAAGAACACCAAGGGCCAGAGGAGGGCAGCACGCCUUGGGCCACAGGACAGGCCAGUGCCCAGCGACUGGCCAAGCCAGCCAAGUAGGAGCCCUGAAAAAUUAGGGAGGAAAUGGGAAAAAAAGAAUGUCUGAUACUUUAAAAAUUGUAGUUGUAAUUGGAAAGAAAAUGAGAUUUCUCACGGA